AUGGUCAUUAAAGAUAGGAAUGUAUCAUACGAGGGACUGCAGAGAAAGUUAAAACAGAAGGUGACAAGAGACAAAGUGUCUCAUGGGGAAAACAAUAAAAAAACAAAAGCAGGAGACCUCCUAGUAGAAAAGGAGAAUGAAAACAUAAUUGAAGCACUGAAGGAAGAGGUAAUGAAACACAUCGGCGGAGCAGAGGUGAAGCUACUGAAAGGAAACAUAGCUGUAGUCCACAUCUAUGACAUGGACGCAGUGACCACGAAGGAAGAACUGGUACAAGCGGUGGAGAUCCAGACGGGUUCUGGCUCAGUGGUGAUAAGACCCAUGCGGCCGAUGGCAGAAAGUUGGCAGGCGGCUACAUUAGAAAUGGCAGAAAAUCUAGCCAAAAAAAUUGUCAAAGCACAAAAAAUUAGAGUGGGAUGGACGUCGUGUAGGGUAAAGAAAAGAGUAGAUAUUAAUAGAUGCUUUACCUGUGACAGCCUCAGAUAA